UUCGGAUGUAGGCACGAUUUCACCGGGUUGUCUAUAAAUAACCCCUUUCGUGUGGGUUUGUGACAUGUGUACCACAGUUUCUGAUGAGUACUUCGGGGACGUUGGGGCGGGGCACUUUGACACAAAAUACGUUUUCACAGACCAAAGCCUUCACCACAGUUGCCUUACAGCACCACCUCCAGGCUCCCUAAACCCUGCACUCUGAAUCCCUGCUGUCACCAUGCAAGCCCGUAGGGUCACCGUUCACCGCAUCAGCAAGACCGUCACCUUGUACCUGAAUGACGCAGCCUCCCCUAAACCCUCCCCUGGCCCUCUGUCUGCCCUGAACGAUGCAGCGAGUACCUCUCCAUCCCUAGCCCUUACCUCUGCCCCAACCAAGCCCCUGCUGCUGAUGCUGCCCUGGUUGGGGUCGCGACCUCAGGCUGUGGCCAAGUACUGUGAGAUCUACUUCCGUACAGGCUUUGACGUGCUCAUAGUGGAGAGUGCGGUGAGUCAGUUUCUGUGGCCUCGCUGGGGCCUGGACUACGGGGCGAGGGUACUAGAUCUCCUGCAGAGUGACUGCUUUGUGUCACGCCCCCUGCUCGUGCACGCCUUCUCCAUAGGAGGGUACACCUUCACCCAGCUGUUGGUGCAUGUGUCCCGCGACACACAGAAGUACUACGGCUUCACUCAGAGGAUCAGAGGCCACAUCUAUGACAGCCUUGUGCUGGGCUCACUGGAGAGGAUGGCUACAGGUCUAAGUAAGAUCCUGCUCCCCCGGCUAGAGAGCCAGGUGAAAUGGGCCAGUAUGCUCUACUUCAGAGCAUUCAAACACCACACAGUCGACUACUUCAACAACGGCAUUGAUGUCUUCUGGAAUAACCCUGUCACCGCACCCGCUCUCGUCUUCUUCUGCCAGAACGACGCACUGUGCGACCCGGAGGGCAUGGAGGAGAUCAUCGCCUACUGGAGAAAACGAGGGAUGGAGGUGACAGACAUGAAAUGGGAGGAGUCAACACAUGCAGGCCACCUGAGACGACACCCCCAGGAGUACCUGUCUACCUUGGAGACCUUCCUAAAGACUCUCGGUAUGGUCCCUCUCAAGGCCAAGAUGUGACGCUAGGCAGGACCCACACAGCUGUGGUCUGGUUCAGAAACAAUCCCUAACCCUAUCCACUACCCCUUAGGUCCUCGGCAUGGCCCCUAGCAAGGCCAAGUGACAACAGGGCACAGCUGUGGUCCAGUCCAGAAAUAGCCUCUAGCCCCUACCCCCUAAGCACUCAGGACCCCCUCAAGACCAGGAUGUGACUGCAGGACGUGACAGUUUGCACUUCACUUACCUACAAGUUCCACGUUUGAGUACUCUAGGUAUAGUGGGGACUUAUUGUAUACAGUUUUACAUUAUUGGAAAAACAGUAAAUUAACUCUUGUUUAGUAGACUUUUCGCAAAAGGAGUCAUUGUUUAGAUUUUUCGGAAUUGUACCAGAAAUGUCAUGUGAUAUAGCCUCUGCAUUACGUAGGUUACGUAGUGCUCUGAAUACCUCAACAUCACCAAUCUCUAAUAGUAUCCACUUCAUUUUCAAACGCUUUUAAACACUGAAGCCAAACUUCCUCCUCAUUAUCAUAGUUUGUAUGCUCGCCACUAGAGAUCCCUGCAUUAGCAUGUUUCUGUUAGCUGAUAAAUCCUGAGAAAAUACCCCAUGUUGCUGGCCUGCUAAUGUGCCUGGACCUUGAAGGCUAAACAUUUGAGGGAAAAAAACAAUGUAUCCAAAUGAUUGUCCAAUCAGGCAGGCUAGAUGCAAUCAACUUGACAUUAAUAUGCAUUCAAAACACCAAGCUUUUGAGCAGUUAUUCAAAUGACAGGCUUUUCACUGCAGUCUACAGCCUAGACUAGAGUUUUGUACUCACUUGAAAACAAUAACAUUCUUCAUUACGUUGUUGUAGGCUACAUUUCUUGUCCCUAAAAGGCUCAAACUAUAGGGUAGCUUUUCAAGCUGGUACCAUGGGACUGGGAGGGAGCGCACUCAGCGCAGCCUCGGGAGCACAGUGUAGGCUACCUAUGAUUUUGUUAUCUGAUAAAAAAUACAUAUUUUUUGUAAAUUUAUGGGAUAUAUUCACUGCAGUAUUGAGCUUAUGAAUUAUGGGCUAAUAUGCAUAUGCUCCUAAUUUAAACUAUAGUCUACAUCCCAAGCCUGUCUGUCUUUGUUCUGUUGCGCAAUUACGCACCAGGCCUCUCCGCUACCAUGCCUGUUCCUCUUAAAUCUUGUGGAGUCCCAGGAAAAGCAAGACUACAAAAGUUUGUUGGACACUUACAGUUGAAGUAAUAAGUUUACAUACACCUUAGCCAAAUGCAUUUAAACUCAGUUUUUCACAAUUCCUGACAUUUAAUCCUAGUAAAAAUUCCAUGUCUUGGGUCAGUUAGGAUCACCAGUUUAUUUUAAGAAUGUGAAACGUCAGAAUAAUAGUAGUGAUUUAUUUCAGCUUUUAUUUCUUUCAUCACAUUCCCUGUGGGUCAGAAGUUUACACACACACACACACACACACACACGCACACACACACGCACACGCACACACACACACACACACACACACACACACACACACACACACACACACACACACACACACACACACAAUUAGGUAGCAUUGCCUUUUAAAUUGGUUAACUUGGGUCAAAUGUUUCGGGGAGCCUUCCACAAGCUUCCCACAAUAAGUUGGGUGAAUUUUGGCCCACUCCUCCUGACAGAGCUGGUGUAACUAAGUCAGGUUUCUAGGCCUCCUUGCUCGCACAGGAUUUUUCAGUUCUGCCCACAAAUUUUCUAUGGGAUUGAGGCCAGGGCUUUGUGAUGGCCACUCCAAUACCUUGACUUUGUUGUUGCCAUUUUGCCACAACUUCGGAAGUAUGCUUGGGGUCAUUGUCCAUUUGGAAGACCCAUUUGCGACCAAGCUUUAUCUUCAUUGCUGAUGUUGCUUCAAUAUAUCCACAUAAAUCUUCCAUCCUCAUGAUGCCAUCUAUUUUGUGAAGUGCACCAGUCCCUCCUGCAGCAAAGCACCCACACAACAUGAUGCUGCCACCCCCGUGCUUCACGGUUGGGAUGUUGUUCUUUGCUUGCUUCCCCAUUUUUCCUCCAAACAUGGUUAUGUUAUGUUAGGUUAUGUCGAUAUAGGACUCGUUUUACUGUGGAUAUAGUUACUUUUGUACCUGUUUCCUCCAGCAUCUUCACAAAGUCCUUUGCUGUUGUUCUGGGAUUCAUUUGCACUUUUCGCACCAAAGCAUGUUCAUCUCUAGGAGACAGAACGCGUCUCCUUCCUGAGCAGUAUGACGGCUGUGUGAUCCCAUGGUGUUUAAACUUGUGUACUAUUGAUCCCAUGAUGUCAAGCAAAGAGGCACUGAGUUUGAAGGUAGGCCUUGAAAUACAUCCACAGGUACACCUCCAAUUGACUCAAAUGAUGUCAAUUAGCCUAUCAGAAGCUUAUAAAGACAUUACAUAAUUUUUGGGAAUUUUCUAAUGUGUUUAAAGGCACUGUCAACUUAGUGUAUGUAAACUUCUGACCUACAGUGAAAUGAUCUGUAUGUAAACAAUUGUUGGAAAAAAUACUUGUCAUGCACAAAGUAGAUGUCCUAACCGACUUGCCCAAAACUAUAGUUUAACAAGAAAUUUGUGUAGUGAUUGAAAAAUGAGUUUUAAAUACUACAACCUAGGUGGAUGAAAACUUCUGACUUCAACUGUAGUUGUUGGGGAAUUGUUAGAUAAUUGUUUGAUACUACUGCACUGUCUGUACUAGAAGCACAAGCAUUUCGCUACUCUCGCAUUAACAUCUACUAACCAUUUGUAUGUGACCAAUAAAAUGUGAUUUGAUUUUACUAACCGUCGCGCCGAUCUGCAUCACAAAUAAAGGUUUUGGAUGCUG